GGCUGAGGGCACUUUCAGGAACACAAGCACUUGGGACAGGAGGUCUGUCCUGGCUUUGGGUGUGUGUGUGCGCUGUGGUCCCUGUAGACCACGUUAUAAGAGACUGGUUGACAACAUCUUUCCAGAGGAUCCCAAGGAUGGCCUGGUGAAGUCUAACAUGGAGAAACUGACAUUCUUUGCCGUGUCUGCUCCAGAGAAACUGGAUCGUAUCGGCGAAUACCUAGCGGAGCGUCUGAGUCGGGACGUGGUCCGCCACCGCUAUGAGUAUGUGGUGAUAGCUAUGGAGGCACUGGACCAGUUGUUGAUGGCAUGCCAUUCCCAGAGUAUCAAGCCAUUUGUGGAGAGCUUUCUGCACAUGGUGGCGAAACUGCUGGAGUCCAGAGAACCUGACCUGCAGGUGCUGGGAACCAACUCGUUUGUGAAAUUUGCGAAUAUUGAGGAGGACACACCUUCGUACCAUCGACGUUAUGACUUUUUUGUGUCUCAGUUCAGUGCCAUGUGUCACUCCACACAUGACGACCCGGAGACACAGACCAGGAUCCGUGUGGCUGGUAUUAAGGGACUUCAGGGUGUGGUGAGGAAGACUGUGAAUGAUGAAUUACAGGCUAUUAUAUGGGAGCCGCAGCACAUGGAUAAACUGAUUCCCUCCAUGCUCUUCAACAUGCAGGACAACGAUGACUCAGACAGGGCUGGUGGUGAGGAGAACCCGGCGGCUUUGGCUGAGAGCUGUUUUAGAGAGCUGCUGGCGAGAGCUGCCUACGGCAACAUGAACAACGCAGUCCGCCCCGUGCUGGUUCAUUUAGAUAAUCAUCAUUUAUGGGAUCCUAAUGAGUUUGCCGUCUCCUGCUUCCGAAUCAUAAUGUACUCCAUACAGGCCCAGCACUCUCAUCAUGUUAUCCAGCAGGUGUUGAAUCACCUGGACACACACAGUAAAAACACGCCCAGGGUGCGGGCCGGCAUCGUACAGGUACUCCUGGAAACAGUCGCCAUAGCAGCCAAGGGCUCCAUUGGUCCGACGGUUCUGGAGGUGUUUAAUACCCUCCUCAAACAUCUGCGUAUGAGUGUGGACUUUGAGCUGGGAGACGGGUCGAGAAGGAACUCCGGUACCAGCCUGUCCUCCGGCCGGGUCAGAGAGAGCGAAGAACGCAUUGUCCAAAACGCCAUCAUCCAGACCAUUGGGUUCUUUGGCGGUAAUCUGCCAGAUUAUCAGCGUGCUGAGGUAAUGAUGUUCAUCAUGGGAAAAGUCCCAGUUUACGGAACGCCAUGUCACACACUGGACACAGUGAAGAUUGGGCACCAGGGUACUAAACGCAUCCAGACAAUGCUGCUCAGUUCUCUCAUCAUGGUGACGUCGGGCUUUAAGUGUAAGACCAUGAGUGCUGGUUUGCCUGCGGCCUUUUUAGAGCCACUCUGCUCCAUCUCACUAAUGGAGGACAGAGAACUGCGCCAACUUGUUCUGGAGAUCCUGCACAACAUCAUCGAUCGCCAUGACAACCGUGCCAAGCUCCGUGGCAUCAGGAUUAUCCCUAAUGUGGCUGCACUGAAGAUCAAGAGAGAGAAGAUCUCUAAACAGGAUGUCAUCUUCAUGAAGAAGCACGGGCAGCAGUUAUACAGACAUAUCUACCUGGGCUGUAAGGAGGAGGAUAAUGAACAGAAGAACUUUGAGCUGCUGUUUACUGCCCUAGCUCUCAUCACAAUCGAACUGGCCAAUGAGGACGUGAUCGUGGAUCUCAUACGCCUGGCUCUUGCUCUGCAGGAGAUGGCUUUGGUGAAUGAGGAGAACAUGCCCAUGCUCAUUCGCUGUGGUAUUAUGGCUCUGGUCGCUGCCUACCUCAACUUUCUCAGUCAGAUGAUUGCAAAUCAUGCCCUGUGCCAGCAUGUUACCAAGGUUAUAGAGCUGAGGAAUUUGGAGGCUCCGUAUUUACUUCCAGAGAAUGUGUUCCGGGAGAAGUGUGUUCUGCCUGCCUCGUUGGAGCGUGAAGAUACAGGCUGGUAUUUUCAGACAGGAGAGCUUGCUGAGGCAUUAGCAGGGCCUGGCUACUCUGUGGAGAGACUGUCUUUACCCUACAUACCUCAGAUUACAGAUGAAGAUCGGCUAACGAGGAGGAAGAGUUUUGUUGAUACCAUAUCUCUUCAGGUGGACAUCCUGUCCAACAACCUGCCAGACCAGUCUCAGUUGGCAGAAGAGAUCACCUUUGAGACGCUGAAGAAAGCCAUUGACACCACAGGUUUGGAGGAGCAGGAGAGAGAGAAGAGGCGGCAGGUGAUGGAGAAGUUCCAGAAGGCUCCGUUUGAGGAGAUUGCUGCACACUGCGAGUCCAAGGCUAACAUGUUACAUGACCGUCUGGCUCAAAUCUUUGAACUUACUAUUCGCCCGCCUCCGAGCCCAUCCGGCACAGUCACUGUGACCUCAGGACACGCCCAGUACCAGUCUGUUCCUGUCUACGAGAUGAAAUUCCCUGACCUUUGUGUCUACUGAUUUGACCUACUACCCUAUAUCAUCCUAAACACAGACCUUUAAUCUCUAGCUGACCUGUGCUUUCACCUACCAGACAUUACCCUGUAAGCUUUUACCUUUGACCCCUGGUUGCCACACUGUUCAUCUUCUCUUCGUGUAGUAAAUAUGUCCAGACGUCUCUAAAGUGUCGGCCAGGAACGAUGACUGUGCGUGUGGGCGGUUCAUAAUGAGAAAUGAUAUCUUUCCUGUCAAUCAUCAGCACAAGUGUCCCAGAGAAAGAGUCUUUUCUCCCGACCUUUAAGCAUUCACUCAGUCUCAAUGCUGCGUCCAGCUAUUUGUGAGAGGAUUUGUUUAUAUGACUCUCUGAACAAUUCUUUAACUCUCACAGUGAUUUUCUGUAGCUGCAUAUCACAGGAGUCAUUCAUAUGACUCCCUGAGUGAUUCGUGCAGCUCAUAGUGAUUCUCUAUGGCUACAUUUCACAGAAAGCAUUACCAUGAUUCUCCGAAUGAUUCUUAUAGCUGUAUAUCACAGGAGUCACUCAUAUGAUUCUUCUUCAUUCUUAAGUAAUGUGACUAUCUUGCAUGACUUUAAUGAUUCUGUUAGGAGUUAGUGUCCAAACCUCCUCUCUCUCUCUCCCAUCACCCUCACCCUGGUCCAAAUGAAAUUAGCACAAGACGUCUGUGUUCAGUCUCUGUGUGUGUGUGUGUGGGUGUGUGUUUGUGUGUAUGUGUAUGUGUGUGUGUGUGUCCGGGGCUGAUCACAGAGGAGCGGAGUGACUUUAAAUGUGAGCAGAGGUUUUUCUGCUCAAUCCCCUGUCUGAGUCCAAUGACAGACACAUCUCAGCUUAAGCUUGG